AUGAAUUAAAAGUCUUUGGCUAUUUCAUCUAUUACAAGUUUACUAAAAAACAAUUUCAAAAUUAAUAUUCUACAAAAAUUUCGACUUCAAUUGAUUAUUUAUUAAAUAAAAAUAAUGAUUCAAGAUUAAAAUACAUCAUCAUAUAAUGGGUAAUUAGAUUUUGAAAGAGUUUUAGAUAUAGAAAGUAUUGUUCAAUAAAUUAAAGUUUAUAUUCAAGAGAUUUUAAAUUUAAAUAUUUAAUUCUGGAAGCAUUUACUAAGAAAUCAAAUAAAUUAAGAUUUAUUAAUUGAAUAUGAUGAUUUGAUUAACAAAAAUAUAUCUGAAUGUAAUGCUCUAUGGGAUUCGAUUAUAAAUAGUGAAACUAGAAUUAGGGAUAAAAUAAUGAAAAUAUCAUAUUUAGAUAGAAGAAUGAAAUGGCAAUUAUACUAUACAUGGUAUUGCAUUCAUAUUUUAAAUUAAAAAGUUAAAUCAAAUAUGUUUCUCGAAAAUAAUUCAAAUGAAGAAUAUGUUUAUGAAGAUUCAGAAUCAGAUGAAGAUAAAUAUGUAUUUAAUAAAUACUCAAAAGAUAAAUCAUUCAAUAAAUCUUCAUUAAUUUUACACACAGAUCUUAAUGGAAAUGUUUUAAAAUAAAGUUAAUCUUGUUAAGAAUUAACAGGUUAUUGUUCAUUGAGUAAUGUUUAUUAACUCAUUCCUUAAACGAUGAUUCGAAAUCAUUAGAUUUAAUUGCUAAUAUUUAAAACUUAAAGUAAAAAUAAUUCGUUAUAUAACAGAAGAAAAAUUUAUCUUUAACACUAAUAAAAUUAUAUCAUACCUGCCAAUAAAUAUUUAAAACUCGAAUGCAAUAAAUUUAAUUAAUUAGAAUUUAUUUGUAUGAUUAGACCUUUAUUGAGAUUAUAAUAAUAAAAUUAUUUGAUUUUAAAUGAAGAUUGGGAAGUUGACUCAAUGACAAUCUCUUUGAUACCAUUAUUAUUGCCAAAACUUUGCGUAUUUAUUAUUUGUCCAUAGCUUUUAAAUUUUACUAAAUAUCAAAGAUACAUCACUAAAGAAGAUUUGUCAAUUUUCAACCUUUCGUUUAGAAAUGUACCAUAAUAAUAAGAAGAGGAAUCAUUAAAAUUAAAGGAAAGAGAAAAAAUAAAAGAAGAAUUAGAAGAUGUAUGUGUAUUAAAUAGCCAAAAUUAUUUUGAGUUUAAAGAUUUUAUCAGUAAAUCAACCGAUUAGGCUUAAUUUACUUCUAAUUUAUAAAUUAUUGAUGAUGAAUUAAUUCGAAUUGAACAUUCAAAUUUUUAAAAAAUUGUCAAUGUUGAACAUACUUAAAUUUUAUUAAGAAUUCCUAAGAAUAUAGAAGAUUUAGUUGAAGAAUAUCAAAAAUUAAAAUUAGAAAUAAUGUCCGAUUUCUAAAUGAAAAAGUCAAUGAUGUAUCUUAAUUUAUAAAGACAUUUAAUUGUAAAAAAUAAAUUUGGAUAAUUAAAAAUCAACUAAUCUGAAUUAUUGUAAAGAAUUUACAGUUUAAAGGAAGAGUAUCAUCAAUCUCAAUACUAAAUACUAAGUAAAAUGUUCUUAUUAUUUAGAAAAAUUGUAUAUAAAAUAUUGCUAUCGUAAAAGGAAUCUCAAUAAAAUCAUCAAAGUAGAUGGCUCAAUUAAAUUUAGUAGAAGAAACAUGAUGGAUAAGAAUAUCAUUAUUAAGUUUAAUAGAUUUGAAAUUUAUGAGGAUAAUUUUAGAUCUAACAUCUACGUAUAUAAUAUAUAUUAUUUCUAUUAGAACUCAAUCGCUUUAAAAUAAAGAUUAUCCCUGAAAUAAGCAUAAAAUAAUGUCAAUAAUAUAAAUCAAAUUUAAUAAUAAUUAAAUUAAUCAUGUAGUUAGUAUUUUGAUGAAUCGUUUAGAAUCAAUUAAAGUAAAUCAUUAAUAACAUAUGAAUAAAUCACUGGAGAUUUUCAUAAUUAGAAUUAAUAAAUCAACUUGAGUCUAGGAAUAGAAGAGAAUAUCUUUUUAAAAGACGAUUAAAAUAAAUGCUCUGUGAUAAGUUUUAAUGAAUUUGUUUAAUUCAAAUUGUAUAGUCGAUUACUUUUAUUAUAGAUUCUAUUAUCUUACAUAUUUAUUAGUAUAUUUGCUGAUUCAUAAGGGUCCAAGCUUGUAUUUGAAUAAAAUAUCUCCUAAUAAAACCUAUUUUUCACAAUUUAAUUAUCAAUAUUAAAAGCUUAUAAUGCAUUUAUUGAUGUGUCAUUAUUUAAUAAUCAUGAAAUUUAAAAUACAGUUCUUAAAUAUACUGAUUUUAAAAUUGAUAAAUUUUAUGAUCAAAAAAAAUUUUUGAUUGAGGAAUAGUUAAAAUUAGUAAAAAAUACAUAUCAAUCUCAAAAUUACAUAGAUUGUUUUUAUAAUAUCGAUAUUCAUGAAACAAAUAACUAGUCAAUAAUUGAUAUUUAUAAUUCGUACAUUGUUAAUUUAAUUUUAUUCCAGUAAGAACAAUUUGCAGAAUCUAGUUCUAGUUUGAAAUUAUUAAACUAAUUUAGAGAAAUUGUGUAUCCUUAUUUAAUGGAAUCAUUAACAUAAAUAAUUUCAGAAAUUUCUAGAAACUUGGAGCUGCAAUAAGCUCAGCAGUUCUUUCUUAGAAUAAUAACUAUAACAUAUCAUACUGUAUUUAGUGUAAUUAUUGUAAUUAUAAAUGUUUUGAUUGUUUUUAAAUUGAUUAAUAAGCAAACUGUAAGAAUAAAGUUUUAAUAUAGUUCGUUUAAUAAAAAAUAUUUGAAAUAGAAAAAGAUACAGUUACUAGAGUAAAUUAGUAUUAUAGUGGUUUGAGAUAUCAAUUCAUCCAUUGUUUUGAAACAAAAAACUUACCUUUAAGUAAAAUAUUAAAUUUAACUCUCAGAACCUAUAUAAAAUUCAAUUACUCAUAAAGUUUAUCAUAGAUCAGAUACUGAAACAAUUAAGACGAAAAGCAAGUCAUUAAAAAAUUAGAUGUAUAAUUCACAAGUUCAAUAAAGAUUAAAAGUAAUAUAAAAGUUAUAUUAAAUAGUAUGUUCUUACUAGCUAAUAUUUAAUUUUAUAGCCAAUAUUGGUUUUGUACUUAAUAAUAAUAAAUGUUGUAGCCAUAAUAGAAUUAUCUGAAAUGAAAGAUGGAUUUGAUAAUCAGAAUUUCUUUUUGAGUUCUUCAAUGUUUUAAUCAAUGACAUUAAUAAAAGAAAUUUACAUAGCUGAUAAUGAUAUUUAUAAAGAACAUGGAGUAGAUGCUCAGUACUUUUAGAAUCAUUUAUCAUAAAUUUAUGAUUAAUUAGAGGAUAAAUACUUUGAAUUUACAAAUUAUGUUGAAGAAAAUUCAAUAUUAAAAGGAAAUAUUUGCUUGAAUGAAAUAUUGAUAUCAAAGUAAUAAUAAUGUUAGGAUUAUUUAAAUGGUGCAUUAAGACAUGGAUUAAAUUUUUAUUUUAAAUUAGUUUCUUAAAUGAUUUUGGUAACUAUGGAUACAAAGGAAAGUAGGUAUGAUAAACUUAAUCUUGAGGAUAUAUAUUAUUAUUAGUUGGUAUAAAAUGAUAUUUAAUAUUUAGUUUUAAAAUGAAAUUUUCGAUUCAUCGUCUUUAGCAGUGCAUACUUGGAACUUAGUUAUAAUUUAGGAGUAUUUUCAAUUUUUAGAUUUAGAAAUAAUAGUUAUGUAAUAAAUAAUUAAUUAUUGUAGGAUAACCUUUUUCUCGUUGAUUGGAUUCUAUCAUUUUAUAUUUUUUGAAUUUAAGUAUUUUGAGUCAUUGAAAAUACAAUUCUUAAAAGUAAAUGAAUAUUAUAAUCGCUACAUUCCUAAUGAAACAUUAUAGAAAUAGAAAAUAAUGCGUUCUGAAUUUUUAAGAAAGGGAGUCAUAAGAAAAUGA